AUGUCAAAAAGGUCUAUUGAAAUCGACGAGCCAGAUAGAGUUGUCUCUGCCAAGACGCAAUCUCAUUCUGUUCCUACCGUUGCUACAUCCGAAGAGCAAGAUGCUCCCAUGAAUGAGUUGGAAGACCAAUUGAGUGACGAGUGUGAUAGUGAUGGUGAAAUCAUUGAAAUUGACGGUGAUGAUGAUAUUAUUGACGAAGAUGACCUCAAGAAAAAGCAAGAAGAAGCGGAAACUCUAGUACAAAAGGACCAAUCCGAGGGCAAUGAAGAGAAUGUUCAAGAGCUAUAUUUACCUCAUAUGUCUCGUCCGUUGGGCCCAGAUGAAGUUCUUGAGGCCGAUCCCUCUGUUUAUGAAAUGCUACAUAAUGUCAAUAUGCCUUGGCCAUGUUUAACAUUAGAUGUCAUUCCGGAUACGUUGGGUUCUGAACGUAGAAACUAUCCACAGUCGAUUUUACUAGCUACGGCCACGCAAUCUUCCAGGAAAAGAGAAAAUGAAUUAAUGGUUUUGGCACUUUCCAAUCUAACAAAGACUCUUCUAAAAGAUGAUAACGAAGAAGAUGAUGAUGAAGAGGAGGAAGAUGAUGUGGAUGCAGUUAUUGAAAAUGAAAAUAUGCCACUAAAAGAUACAACUAAUAGACUAAAAGUAUCUCCAUUUGCUGCUUCUAAUCAAGAAGUGCUAACUGCCACAAUGAGUGAAAAUGGGGAUGUUUACAUAUACGAUUUGGCUCCGCAAAGUAAAGCUUUUUCUACACCAGGUUAUCAGAUCUCAAAGUCGGCCAAAAGACCUAUUCAUACUGUUAAAAGUCAUGGGAAUGUUGAAGGCUAUGGGUUAGAUUGGUCACCAUUGAUCAAGACCGGCGCUUUAUUGUCAGGCGAUUGUUCGGGUCAAAUAUAUUUCACACAAAGGCACACCUCAAGAUGGGUGACCGAUAAACAACCCUUCACUGUUUCAAACAAUAAGUCCAUAGAAGACAUUCAAUGGUCCCGGACGGAAUCCACUGUUUUUGCAACAGCCGGUUGCGAUGGAUAUAUAAGGAUUUGGGACACAAGAUCAAAAAAACAUAAGCCAGCUAUCUCUGUGAAAGCUUCCAACACCGACGUAAAUGUGAUAAGUUGGAGUGACAAGAUCGGCUAUUUGCUCGCAAGUGGUGAUGAUAACGGUACCUGGGGAGUUUGGGAUUUGAGACAGUUCACACCAAGCAAUGCUGAUACUGUUCAACCAGUUGCUCAAUAUGAUUUCCAUAAGGGUGCCAUUACUUCUAUCGCAUUUAACCCAUUAGAUGAGUCUAUUGUUGCAGUGGGUUCAGAAGAUAAUACUGUAACCCUAUGGGAUCUAUCUGUGGAGGCUGAUGAUGAAGAAAUCAAACAACAAACCGCUGAAACAAAGGAGUUACAGGAGAUUCCCCCACAGUUAUUAUUUGUGCAUUGGCAAAAGGAAGUUAAAGAUGUCAAAUGGCAUAAACAGAUUCCAGGUUGUUUAGUAAGUACCGGUACUGACGGGUUGAACGUUUGGAAAACAAUCAGUGUCUAA